GAAGGCAAGAGAAGAGGAAGAAGGAAAGGAGGAAAAAGAGAAGAGGUCGAGAGUGAUCGGAAAAGGAAAGGAGAAAAGAUAGAGAGAAAGAGGAGGAGUGAGACCAAAGAGGAAUAAGAGAGGUGGUUCGAAGGUGUUCCAGAGGGACAAGUUUUUAGAGUGCACUUGCUUUUCUUCGUUCGGGGGCAGAGGGUGAAGAAGACAACGAUGGCCGGAUGGUGGAGCUUCGGUGGUGCUUUUCUUUUACUUUUUGGUAUCCUUGUUUCCUAUUUGUACAAGAUCAACUGGAUCAAGGAUUUAAGACUAGAAGGUGACAACAAAACAGUUUUAGCGAAUCAUUUGGAAUCUAAGAAACGCAAAUUGGGGAAACUUCCUCCAGUUUAUCCAAACGGAUGGUUUGCCCUGUUAGAAAGUUCCCAAUUAGGAAAAGGUCAAGUAAAACAUGUGGCUGCUCUUGGACAAAAUUUUGCUGUUUUUAGAACAAAUAACGGAACGGUAAGAAUUUUGGAUGCUUACUGCCCUCAUUUGGGUGCAAAUAUGGCAGAAGGUGGUCGUGUAAAGGGUGAUUGUUUAGAAUGUCCCUUUCAUGGUUGGCAAUUUCGUGGUUCCGAUGGACAGUGCGAUUACAUUCCAUAUGCUGACAAAGUGCCACACGUUGCCAGAACGAAAACUUGGAAAAGUUGCGAGGCAAACGAAAUUAUUUUUGUUUGGUACCAUGCUGAGGAAUUAGAACCACAUUGGCAGCCACAAACAAACAGUCAUGUCUCAAAUCGAACAUGGCGUUAUCAAGGUCGAAAUGAAUUUCUUAUCAAUUGUCAUAUACAGGAAGUUGCAGAGAAUGGUGCAGAUUCGGCACAUCUCAGCGCAGUGCAUGGUCCGCUGAUAUUCACGAAAAUUGCACACUUUUUUUCUGCUUUCGCUCGUCAUUCGUGGACAAAUGUUAAUUGGACACCGCAUAAGUCUUUCUUAGAAUCCUUGAACUCCAAACGAACAGAAUCAGAAAGACAGGACAAUGAAAAUUUAAGACAUAGAGCAUACAUGACUUUAAGACACCGCCUGGUCCUAUUCGAGAGAUUUGAGGUUUUGCAAUUGGAUGUGAACGUUCAACAAAUCGGCCCGGGAUACGUUGAACUCAUGAUGCACAGUUCUUUAGGGUCCAUGUGCAUUUUUCAGACAGUAACGCCAAUGGAACCCCUCUUACAAAAGGUAACCCACAUAUUAUACUCUCCGCCACUGCUUGCUCCAUACGCUAGUCUGUUAUUCCUAGCAGAGUGUUUAAUGUUCGAAAGAGAUGUAGCUAUUUGGAAUCGAAAAAAGUUCGAGAAACGACCACUUUUGGUCAAAGAAGAUAAAAGCAUACUCGCUUAUCGCAGGUGGUAUGCCCAAUUUUAUUCGCAGCAUAGUCCAAGUUAUCACUCUGCAAUUAAAUCUUUACAAUGGUAGCUCAAAAUCUCCCUAACUGUAAAAGAUUUUUUUAUUUUCGAUGUUAAAUUUUAUAUCAGUAAUAGUUGU